UUAGUCGAUCCCAAGAAUCUGAAGGCCCUCGAGGAUAUCGGAGGCGCCGAGGGCCUUCUGGCCGGUCUGGGUACUCAUCCGAAACUCGGGUUAUCUGCCAAGGCAGCCGAGGAAGCAGACCACGGUGGAGGCGACGGGAAAGGCGCUGGCGAGGGUAAUUCCCAGCGUCACGAACGGACGACAAAUGGCGACGCGGAGGGUAUGCCCGCAAAGGCUGCAUAUGCUGCGUCUCUGGACGAGAGAAAGCGCGUGUACGGUGCUAAUAUCUUGCCCCACCGCGCGAGCAAGAGUCUGUGGAAACUGAUGUGGUUAGCUCUAAAGGACAAAGUUUUGAUUCUGCUAUCCAUCGCAGCUAUCGUGUCUUUGGCUCUCGGUCUCUUCCAGGACUUUGGUACUCCGCGACCUGCUGACGAACCCCCGGUUGAUUGGGUCGAAGGUGUCGCUAUAUGCGUGGCUAUCUUCAUCGUUGUCAUGGUCGGAUCAGUCAAUGACUGGCAGAAGGAGCGCCAAUUCAAGGCGCUCAACGAGAAGAAGGAAGAACGUGGCGUGAAGGUGAUCCGCUCGGGCACGGAGCGCGUGAUCGACGUGCGCGAGGUCGUCGUCGGCGACAUCUGCCUGCUCGAGCCCGGUGAGAUCGUCCCUUGCGACGGCGUCUUCCUCGAGGGGCAUAACGUCAAGUGUGACGAGAGCGGUGCCACGGGGGAGAGUGAUGCGAUCAAGAAGGUGUCUUAUCAGGAUUGCAUCAAUCUGAGGAACAGGGAGGGGCACGAGGCGAACCAUACGGAUUGCUUUGUGGUGAGCGGGAGCAAGGUCCUGGAGGGGGUGGGCACGUAUGUGGUGAUUGCGGUGGGGCAGAAGAGCUUUAAUGGCCGGAUUAUGAUGGCUUUGCGUGGGGACUCGGAGAACACGCCUCUGCAGUUGAAACUGAAUGAUUUGGCAGAGCUCAUCGCCAAGCUUGGGAGUGCCGCCGGGUUGUUGUUGUUCACUGCUCUCAUGAUCCGGUUCUUUGUCCAACUCGGCACGAACGACCCGCCUCGUACUGCGAGUCAGAAGGGUAUCGCCUUCGUGCAGAUCUUAAUUAUUAGUGUCACGUUAGUUGUCGUCGCCGUCCCUGAAGGUCUUCCACUCGCUGUCACGCUGGCUCUGGCCUUUGCGACAAAACGGAUGACGAAAGAAAAUCUCCUGGUCCGCGUCCUGGGCUCUUGCGAGACCAUGGCGAACGCGUCCGUUGUAUGCACCGACAAGACCGGCACGCUCACGCAGAACGUGAUGACCGUUGUCGCCGGCUCUGUCGGGAUACACGCCAAGUUCGUCCAUCGACUCGACCAGAACCAAGCGCGCACGAACGCGGACGAGGAGGUGGAAGGGGAGGCAUCGAAGAAGAGGAGACAUGCGGAUGAUUUCUCGCUGGACCAGAACGAGUUGGCGGGCGUGCUUAGCCCGCCACUUAAGGAUCUAUUCAAUGAUGCUAUCGCUAUCAACUCGACGGCUUUCGAGGACGAUGACCCGGAUACUGGGAAGAAGGUGUUCGUGGGUAGCAAGACGGAGACGGCGCUGCUCAAGUUUGCGAAGGAGCUUGGCUGGUCGCACUACGCCGAGAUCAGGUCUUCGGCAGACAUUGUGCAGAUGAUUCCGUUCUCUAGCGAUAGGAAGGCUAUGGGCGUCGUCGUGCGGUUGCCCAAGUCUAACACUUACAGGCUUCACCUCAAGGGUGCUAGCGAGAUCCUGACGAAGAGAUGCAACGAUCAUGUCGUUGUCUACCGUCAGGGUGCUGACGAGCACCGGGAUGGCGUCGAGACCCAGGCUAUCGACGAGUUGAAGCGAGAGAAUAUCGACAGGACUAUCAUAUUCUAUGCCAACCAGACUCUUCGGACUAUUGCACUUUGCUACCGGGACUUUGAAUCGUGGCCGCCGCCUGGGGCCAGACAUGUAUCUGAGGAUGAGGUUGAAUUCGAGGACAUCGCCCAGGAUAUGACUCUGAUCGGUAUCGUCGGUAUCGAGGAUCCCCUCCGGGAAGGCGUACGGGAUGCAGUCGCGGAUUGCCACAAAGCUGGUGUUACGGUCAAGAUGUGCACUGGCGACAACGUUCUGACCGCUCGGUCGAUUGCCAUCCAGUGUGGGAUAUAUACGAAAGGUGGCAUUAUCAUGGAGGGCCCGAUCUUUAGGCAAUUGUCCAAGUCAGACAGGAUGGAGGUCGUGAGUCGUUUGCAGGUCCUUGCUCGAUCCUCCCCAGAGGAUAAGAAGAUACUGGUCGAGAGUCUUCGGGAACUUGGCGAAAUCGUGGGCGUCACUGGCGACGGCACUAAUGAUGGUCCGGCUCUCAAGACGGCUGAUGUAGGUUUCUCCAUGGGUAUCGCUGGUACCGAAGUUGCCAAAGAGGCGUCCGAUAUCAUCCUCAUGGACGAUAACUUUGCGUCUAUUGUGAAAGCCAUCAUGUGGGGUCGUUGCGUCAACGACGCCGUCCGGAAGUUCUUACAGUUCCAGAUCUCGGCGAACAUCACUGCUGUCUUGAUCACGUUUAUCUCUGCUGUGGCCUCGUCUUCAGAGUCGUCCGUAUUAUCGGCGGUGCAGUUGCUGUGGAUCAACAUUAUCAUGGACACCUUUGCCGCUCUUGCCUUGGCUACCGAUCCGGCGUCUACUGCUCUCUUGGACAGGAAGCCCGAAUCUAAGACGGCGCCUCUGUUCAGUGUGGAUAUGUACAAACAGAUUUUCGCUCAGUCGGCUUAUCAAACCACCAUCACCCUCAUCUUCCAUUUCCUUGGUUUAAGUAUCCUUGGCCUCGAGGCGUCGAGUCAUAAUGAUUCGAUUGUUCAAACAUUGGUCUUCAACAUCUUCGUCUUUGCACAGAUAUUCAACUCUAUCAAUUGUCGUCGCCUUGACCGCAAGUUGAACGUGUUCGAAGGAGUUACUAGAAACUACUACUUUAUUGGAAUCACUCUAAUCGAAAUUGCGGUCCAAGUGCUUAUUGUUUUCGUGGGCGGCGCCGCUUUCCAAGUUACUGAAAUUGGCGGACGGGAAUGGGGGAUCUCCAUUGCCCUUGGCUUCGUUGCGUUGCUGGUUGGAUGCCUGGUCCGCUUGAUACCCAACAAACCAGUGGAGAAAUUGUUCAUCAAGAUACGGCUUCUUCCUAAUCCAAACGUUCUACCCACAAAUAGCCCUCAGGCAGACGCGGAGUCGUGGAACCGCGCAAUCGAACUUGUGCGGGAUAACCUCGGUACCUUCGCUAAAGUGCGGGGCGGCAGAAUGCGUGGAUCGUCCUUUGUUGGCAAGAGCCGGAACGCUAGACUGGACGAAGGGCACAUUGUGCCGUCUCUCAUGACUAUGGUGCCAACCUUAAUCGCGUCCUCAGUAGGUGCCGGCUGGGCACCGCAAAGCGGUUCCUUGUCCGACCCUGCGCACAACGAUCCGUCACGAUCUACCGCUGCCUUAUGGGAAGGGAAGUUCCAGAUACACCCGGAAACCAGCCCAGACGAUCCGUUUAUUCAGAAGUGGAAGUCUCGUGCGGACGCAGUGCGGCAGUCAUGACCAUGUUUACGCUAUAUACGAUGUUUCAUGCAUAGAAUGUCUGCUCGUCGAACUGCCAAUAAUACACCAUCACUGUAAAAAACUCAUCAUAGUAGAACAGAUAUUAGCAUCGAAUGGGAUACCUGUUGCUAGUAUAUCCUUAUGCCUAUAUAUGUAUAUACGAAUAGGGCUAGCAACUAAUGCAGUCUUGCGAGAAC